AUGAGGCCAUCCAUGCAAAAGAAGAAGUAGAGGCCAAAAAGCUUGUAGAAGAACUAAAAUCUUCACUUGAAACCAUUUCGGUUGGUAUCGUUGAUUCACCUCCUAAUGAUGAUGAUUCAAAUAAUUCUACUUCCGACGGUGAUGAUUUUUUAACUUCUGACGGUGCUUGUGAUACCUUUGGAAUCAUUCAAGAGACCAAAGAAUUUCUUGACAUUGUUGACUUUAAUGACGUAUCUGACGUAUCAACAGCAGUAGAACAGGGCAAAGAUGAAGAUGGGAACUUUGAGGUUAAAAUGACGGACAAGGAAGAUGAAAUAGGAAAAUCAAACAUUAAAGAUGAUAUCAACAAGGUCGCUUGUUUAAAUGUGAUUGGAAAACACAAUGAAAUAAAUAACAUAAACGUUGCAAAAGACACCAAUAAGGUUUUCUGCGCAGAAUUUACCGGUGUUCACAAUGAAAUCGGUAACACUACAAUAACGAAUGACAACAAGUCGUUUUUAUACUCAAAGAUGACUGGGAUACAUAAUGAAAUCGGAAACUAUACAGAAACGAAGGACAACACCUCGAAAUUAUGCUCAAACAUAACUGCGAUACAUAAUAAAGAACGGAACAUUACAGUAACGGGGAACAACAAGUCGACUCUAUGCUCAGAAAUAACUGGGAUACGCAACGAAUUAUGGAAUGUUACAAAAACGGGAGACAACGAUUCGACUUUAUGUUCAAACAUAUCUGGGAUAAAUACCGAAUUUCAAAACGUUACAGAAUCGGGGGACAGCAAAUCGAAAUUAUGCUCAACCUUCACUUUGAAUCGCAAUGAAAUCGGGAACAUUAAAAAAUCAAAAAACAGCAAGGCGACUUUAUGCUCAGAAACAACUGGAUUAGAUAACGAAAUCGGGAACAUUAAAGAAUCGGGGGACAGCGAGGCGACUCUAUGCUCAAGAGUAACUGGGAUGCACAAUAGGUUUUUGAAUUUGACGAGCUCGGGGGACCAAAAAUCGAAAGGAUGCGCAGAUACGACUUUGAUAAAGAAUGAAUUUUUGAAUUUCGAUAAAACAGGAAAGCAGUCUAGCAAAUUUACUUUUAGCGAAACUGGAACUGGUGUCAGAGCUUUUAACAUGCGCGUGAGCGAUCCAUCAUUUGGCGUUGAUUUUGGUGUUAGUGGACAAGCUUCGUUUUUUAAUGUAGAUAUUGGAACCCGUUUACAGCUUGGUUUAGGUUUUGGCUUUGGUAUCGGGAUACCAUUCCUCGGUGGCGAUGAAGGAGGUUAUAAUGGAUACGAUAAUGACAGUCCUUAUGAACGAAACCAUGGUGGUGAAAGGAGCAGCGGAGGUCAUUUUGGAGGAGAUUCCAAUGGAUAUGAUAAUAACAGUCCUUAUGAACGAAACCAAGGUGGUGAAAGGAGCAGCGGAGGUCAUUAUGGAGGAGAUUCCAAUGGAUACGAUAAUAACAUUCCUUAUGAACGGAAUCAAGGUGGUGAAAGGGGUAGCGGAG